CAGAUUCAAUACAUUAGAUUCUAGGCCUAGCACACACACCUUCACACCUUCCCAGAUAUCCCGAGAGCGGUGGAACUUCGUCGGCAUGCCAGAUCCCACCAGGACUUUGAUACUGUGCAGGAGCGAGGGAGACCUGCUUCCCCAAUUCUCACAGACAACCCCACUGAUUAGUUCCCGAAGACGCAAUCAUGGAAGGCACGUCUCUGAGGGCUCUUUGUGGAGCCUACAAGAGCAGUCACUUCCUGCGUGUGCUCGGCAAAGGUUCUAUGUUUGUUGUGGAGGAGAAAGAUGAAAAGGCACACAAUGGCAUGCCCACCGUCACUCUUUUAGACAAACGUCCGCUUCCAGAAGACCCAAUCACUUUUCUAGAGCCCAGCACCGACAGCAUGAGCGACGCCGAAGUUGACCGUGUGCUGGCAGGCACAAAGAGCACGAUCAAGGCUCUGUUCAGAGACUACGGCAGCGUCGGGGGCUCAGUUGGCAUUCUCAGGAACGGGAAACACACCUUCAUCGAGUUCGGCUCACAGGACCCCACCACCAACGAGCCCGUCGACCGCGACACCAUCUACCUCAUCUCUUCCAUGGCGAAGCCCUUCACAGCCCUGGCCGUAGCCAUGCUGGUGAACGACAGUAAGAUUGACAUCAGCCUCACGAGCCCAGUCAGGAACUUCCUCCCCGAGCUGCAAGGCAACGAUUUUCUCGCCCACACCGGCCAGCCCAUCACCAUCGCGGACCUGCUCGACCACCAGUCCGACUUCCUCCGGUGCACAAACCUCUGGGAGAGCCCAAACGGGUUCAUCCCAUGGCAAGACGUCGCGCCUCUGCUGUCCCUCUUCCAGACCCUGCCGAGGAAUCCAAAGUUCCGCCACCCGCACAACUUUCGCCAUGCCCGGAACUACUCCAACGAGAGCUACGCGCUGCUCGCCGAGAUGGUCGAGAGGCUGACGGGGAAGCCGUGGACGCGCUUCAUUCGCGACAGGAUCCUGCGCCCCCUUGGUCUCACGAGCACUGUCGUCAGCCUGACGGAGCCCGAGCACGCAGAGCGGGGCCAGCGGGGAAGCAGCAAGAUUGCGCUGUCAUUUGCAGUUCCCGUCUCCGAAACCCUGAGCAGACUGUCUGCGGCUCACGGAGAUGCUGCGGCGUACGAUGUGGUUCACCCGUGGGUCGUCAACAACCUGCCUCAGCUCACAGCCCAAUGCGUCUCGCCUUCACAAGCUCGCCACGCCGCUGCCGGAACGCUCAGCUCGACGCCGAUCGGUGCCGCGGCCGGAAUCAUGUCGUCAGCGCGAGACCUCUUGAGAUUCUACGAACUCUUCAUGGAAGUUUACAACGACGCUGAGAAGGGGCGAGAUAGGGUCCAAGCAGCCACAAACGGAACUGGGCAGCCCACAGACAUGGACAGGAUCCGACAAGGCAUGGCGACGCUAUACGGGCACAUCAAGGACAUGAUGGCCGCUGAUGAAAGCCGCACGUAUGCUGCCGGCUGGAACACAGUCAACGUGCCCUGGGACCCAAAGUCAGCAACUCGCUGGCCCGGCGCAGACGGUGACAACUCGCGACGCAUCGAAAAAUCGACCAGAGAAAUGGGGCAGCCGAGCAGCGCCGCCGCGGAGGCGUGGCACUUCCUCCAGCAGCAACACGACCCCGACACCACAGCACCCACCACCCAAAAAGAAACAGAACUGGCCCUGUUCCACGGCGGCAACAUGGUCGGCGCGACGUCCUUCUGCCUGCUGCUGCCGGCGCGGCAGACGGCCGUCGUGGUGCUGUGCAACACGCGGGGCUUCUUCGUCGACGCGGCCAACCUCGCCGGCAUGCUCCUAUCGGAAUGCCUGUUCCGCAACCUACCGUCGUCACCGAGCGACAUGGCCGCGCUGUGCGCACGCGCCGCCGCCACUGCGGCGCACUUGGCCGCCAGCUACGUGCGCGACUUACAGCGGUAUGAACUCGCGCUCGCCCGCGACUAUCACAGCCUGACAGUACUCGACACCGGCGGUGAUGGGGAGGACUAUUAUGCGCCGUGCUGUGGUACGUUCCAGCUCGUGCCGGGCGUCGUGGCGCGCGUCGCCUGGACUGCAGCAGACAAUGGCAAUUGCGAUACCAAAACAGGGGGCAGCCACCACCAGCUCACGCUCGCGCUGAACGGCCAGGCGGCGUGGGCAUACCCGCUGCGGCUCAAAACGGGAUGCAGCCCACACCACAAAUCGUGCACCAUGACCUUUGCCAUGCCCAUGGGCGAGCUGGUGCGUGCGGGCGUCGGCGGCAAUAACCGGUUGGAGGCCAGGGAUUUUGAGGUCACGUUUCGGAACAGGACGGCAACAGCAGCGGGUGGGCUGCCGACGCAGUUCCAGGGGCUGGUCUGGGUGUUUGACCGCAGCUGGCUGGCGGAUCCGCACAGUCUAGAAGGAGUAGAUCUGGGCGCUUUUACGUUCAGGAGACUGAGCCCGGGAAGUCCUGCGGUUUAA